GCCACCUAAUCAGCAAUGAGUACAACUCGAGCAUAACACACACAGCUGGCUUUAUGAGACACUGGCGCUCAGAGGACUCAGCCCCCGCCAGAGCACAACAAAGCAAUCUUUACAACCAAAUAUAGCUCUGAAGUAGUGUACAUAUUUCUGCUGCUGUUCUUCUUGAUGGAGCUAGUGGAGAGGACUACUCUGUGCGGGAUGUAGUUUGACAGCUCUGAAGAGCAUUGAAGCUUGAGAGGAUUGAAGAUUUAAAGGGUUAUUUCUUCAUAGACACAACAGACUGAACUGCCAACUGAAGGAAAAAGCUGUGGUGGUGCUGAAAUACAAGAGCAAAACAAGGCUAUUAUGCACCAGCUCGGAGGAAGAAAAUGUAGCUUCCUGUUCUCCCUGGGGGUUGUGACGUGUUCAAUAAUUUAUUGGCUGAGUAGAACUAAACUAGUGGGAACGCCUACAAGCAGCAGACCUUUCAUCACUGAAAGUAAGCCCAACCUGGCUGGCACUGAGAAAAGAGAAAAUUACUGUCAGAACGGGAAACAGAUCAACAAGUUGGCACUACCCAAAAAUGUGGGAAAUUAUAUUCACAGUACCAACCUGCAAUGUUCAAAUUUGUCUAAAGAACUACACUUUAUCAACACAACUUUGAGUCGUGAAGAAGAGAACUAUCCUCUGGCUUUCAUUGUCACUAUUCACAAAGAGCUAGAUAUUUUUGUUCGCAUGCUUCGAGCUAUCUACAUGCCUCAAAAUGUUUACUGCAUACAUGUGGAUGCCAAUGCUUCACAUGAGUACAAGGAAGCCGUACAAAAGCUUGUCAGUUGCUUUGAUAACGUGUUCCUCUCCAGUCGCAGUGAAAAAGUGACAUAUGCAGGAUUUUCACGCCUGCAAGCUGACUUGAACUGCAUGAAGGAUCUCACUGCCUCUCCAAUAGCUUGGAGGAAAGUAAUAAAUUUGUGUGGACAAGAUUUCCCAGUCAUGAGCAACCUGGAACUGGUGCAGUAUAUGCAAAGCACUGAAUGGAGGGACAAAAACAUGACACCUGGAAUCAAACAGCCAGCCACUAUGAAGCACAGAACACAAUUUCAGCACCAUGAGAUUGUGGGGUCACAUGUUGCCCUAAGGCUGCCAAGACACAAAAAACCUCCUCCUCCUCAUAACUUGAAAAUGUAUUUUGGAACAGCAUACUAUGCUCUCACAAGAGAUUUUGUGGACUUUGUUCUGAAGAACCAAAUAGCCCAUGACUUCCUGGAGUGGUCCAAAGACACAUUUAGUCCAGACGAGCACUACUUUGUGACACUCAACCACAUAAAAGAAGCUCCAGGCAGUCGUAUUGAUGGAGGUUGGGAAGGAGCUAUUCGGGCAAUCAAGUGGAGGGACCAAGAAGGAAAGGCACAUGAUGGUUGCAAAGGGCAUUAUGUACGGAACAUCUGUGUCUAUGGGAUAGAAGACAUUCCAUGGAUCAUCGAGAAGAAGUCCAUGUUCGCCAAUAAGUUUGAGAUUAAUACAUUUCCAGAGGCACUAGAUUGUUUGGAGCAGUGGCACAGAAACAAAGUCCUGAACCAAGCAACUGUUCCUAUAAAUCCAUCAUGGCUGCGAUGAUCCCACAAUAACUCAAUUAACUUCUGACACAGAAGUGUUGAAAUCGCUGCUGACAUCAAUAUGCUAAAGAAUCUAUAGAGUCUCCCAAGCUGUCUAUGUAAAAAUGUGAAUCCAGUGCCCUGAGUUGUGAAAGCAGCAUAACUGCACUAUUUAUUGAACUCUUCCUUUCCUGUGAUUAUGUAUCGUCUACCCCAAUUAGACAUUUUUGUAAAACAAAAUGUUGGAAAAAGAGUGAAUUAUUUAUUUAAAACCAUAGUUUCAUUUUAUGUACAGCUUAAAAAGGGAUUUUUUAUAAACUAAUUUAUUGUUUUAAUAUUAAACAUAAUAUGUAAAAAAUAAAGACAAUGUGAAAACAAAUGUUCACCUUCUAAAAUAAUUUGUUUCCUCUGUUAAAUGAGUUCAUUGACUAUUGCUACAUUUGUUUCUGUGAUGUAAGGUAAGCACUAGAUUAUUAUUAAAAAGUGAAAGGCAAACACCUCUGAAAGUCUUACCAUGAAACCAAAAGAUCAAACACAGCUGUAGGAUCAUACUGAGAUCAAUUAUACCUUCAUAUGACAAAGAAUUAUUUAGGUGUUGUGCUGCUCCAAGACAUAAAUACUGAGAUAUCAAGCAAAACCAACAGGUAUUAGCCAUUCAUGACAAUGAAAUAAUAAAAAAUCAGACAUAAAUCUGAGAAAUGGUGCUAUUUUUCUUAUAUAUUCAGACCUGAAAAUCAAAUACUCCACUCCUAAAGUCCAAAUGGAAAAACUCUUCAACAUAACUUCAAACUGAAAAUGAACAGAAAUGCGUGUCAAACGUUUUUAGCUAACAUUCAACA